CUUAAGCAACACCUGCUGAAAGAAAAGCUGACCAGAAAUUCUUUCGAUUAAGAUAGACGUUGCAGAGUGUUAGAGAGAUAUUAAAGUUUUUUAAUAGCAAGUAACUGAUUUAAACAAAACUGGAUUAUAAUGAAAUAUUUUCUUCGACUAUCAUGUUUUGCUUUCAUGUUCGGAAUCUAUCUCGCUUAUAAUGACUUGUAUAUGUUUGUGCCAAAAAAUGGACCACCUCCACCAAAAUGUCCUCCAAAUGAAGUGUUCAAGAUAUGUCUGAGUAAUUGUUCCAACUGUGAGCAGCGUGGGUUUUGCAUUUUGAGAGAGUGCAGGAUAAAUGGAUGUGAUUGCAUACCCCAUUUUGUAAGGCUGACACCAGGUGGUCCUUGCGAGCCUGUCAGCCAGUGCCCACAACCACAAUGUGACGAAAAUGAAGUGUUUAGACAGUGUGGCCCAAUGUGUGAAAGAUGUGGAACAUUCAAUUGUAAAAUGGUACAUUGUGAGCACAAAUGUUAUUGUAAAGAAGGAUAUAAACGUAACGAAACUGGAAAGUGUAUACCUCAAGAUGAAUGUCCUCCCAAAACGCGAUGUGCUCGUGAGGAAGAGUGGAGAGAUAGUGGAUUUGAGGAUGAGUACUGCUUACACGAGGAGGGAGAAAUUGUUUCCAAUUCUACUGUAAACGCCACUCGAUGUUAUUGCAAAGAGGGAUUCAGAAGAAGUGGUUUGGGACAUUGUAUGGAGGAAAAAUAUUGCCAUAUUGUGAAAUGCAGUGGUCCUGAGACGUACCAAAAUUGUCCAAGAAGAUGUAAUUCCACUUGUCGUACUUAUGGAGAUCCUGACUGUGUAGAGGAUGGUCAAUGCUACCCAGGCUGCUUUUGUCCUGAGGGAAUGUAUAUGAAUGAUUUUCGAUUGUGCGUAAAACUUGAGCAAUGUCCACCAGGAUCGAGCCCUUAUAUUCCCACCUUUCCCCCACAAGAGGAAACCACCAUACCAUCUAGUGUCGGCGAAGAUCUCCAACAGAAUGAAGCUACUACACCAACCACUGGAGGAAGUGAAGAAUCUGAAAAAUCUGCUAACUCAGAAGCAACAGCUAGAGCUGAAGCUAGAGCUAGUGCUGAAGCUGGAGCUAGUGCGGAAGCUGGAGCUGUAGCUAGCGCUGAAGCUGUAGCUGUAGCUGAUGCCGAAAGUGGAGACGGUGCAGAAAUGCCUGAAAACUUACGUGGGGAAGACAUAGAAUCUGGUGAUGAAACAGGUGCAGGUACACAGCAGUCCACAGAUUCGACUUCUUCUCCAAAAAGGAGAUCUUCCAAGAGACCGAAGACUCGAGCGAGGGCUCAUAGUGACGCAUCAGUCCAAGCAGAGGCUGAGGCGGCCUUAGGCGCAAUAAGAGAAGCUGGCGGUGAAGAAAAAGAAUGAUGUUGCUGUUUUACAGUUCAUUAUUUCCCUUAAUGUCAAUUAAGAGCAUAUAAUGAAUAUUUUGCACUGAAUAAAAAGUGCAAGUUGGAUCUACUCUUUGAUGUUUUUGUAUAAACACCAAUUGAUGACAUAUACAGGAACUUGUCUGAUGUAAAUACAUUUAAUGAUUUUUUAAUCAAAAUAUAACGACUAGGUAUAGCUUUUUUCUUCGUUCUUACUAUUGUUUGAACUAUCACAUGGUUUAGAACUAUGAAAAUAUUUCUUUUGAGACAUGUAAGAAAGCAAAUAAAGUUACUAGUUUUGUUAUA